UUUUUUUUUCUCUCUUCUAUUCUCCUUACAUCUGCUCAUCUUUAGUUCUGCUUUCAGUUAGUCAUCGCCAUCUGUUUGUUAUAUUACCCUUGAAACCUUAGUCUAAGCACUUGAGUUUUACUUUUAUACGUUUGACCCGUCUUUGCUCAACUUAUUUCUGUCACCCUUUGAUUUUUCUGUUCCCCCCUUUCUUCGUUCCGUAUGUUGCCUCUCAAUUUGGUAGUAAAAGGUCGUUAUAAGAUAGUACUUGGGAAAUCAUUUGAUGCAAAAAUCAAAAAGAAAGCACCAAAGUUCUACAAAGUGAAGCACGCGAAAAAAUCCGAUGCCAAGGUGUUCAAGAGAGAAGCCAAGUUGUUACAGAGAGAGAAAGAAAAGUACCAACUGGACAUAUCUCAAAGCGGGACUUUUGACGUUGAGAUGACAGAAGCCCCAAGCCUCAACGAUUGUAUCCUUAUCUUUGAUGAAAAAGCCAUGACUUGUACGAUCGAAAGACAAGGGGCUUACAUCAGCAUGGCAGAUGAAACGCCUCCACAUUCAAAACUGGAACUCCCUCCUCUCCCCACUCAGCUGCAUCUUCCGCCGAAGCCUUCGCCACAACAGGCGCCCGCCUAUGAUACACCACUUUCUACAGCAACCACCACACUACCUUCUACCACCGCCGCUCCAUCGCAACCUGAAACAGCCAUGGAGGAUGACAACGACGACUUUGACUUUGAUCUCUCCAAAGAUAUGGAUGAUAUCUUGGAUGGCGAUUCGGAUGAUGACAGCAGUCCAUCCGAUUCAGAAACUUCGGAGGUGUUUGAAGAAGUUACAGCUCCCACGCUGCUAGCGCCUGCAGCAGCGGUGGUAACACCAAUUUCCAAGCAAUUAACAGCAACAACAACAAACAAACCUGUAGCAAGCACCCACCCACUGAGCCUCCCUCCCACGCCCAUCAACCAUACCAGUAAUCACAGAGUACCUUUACCCCCUCAGAUACCCACUUUAGCGUUACCUCCCACACCCACGCCUUCUUCAACAGGUGCCACCACCCAUCACAACAGCAACCAUCACAGAAAUGGAAAUCCUGGUGUGCGACCCGCCAAUAGCCCAAGCACGGCGCUCAAACCUCAGUCACCCGUCAAUCCCAGAAAACGUAAGGUGAAAAUGGCCUCUGCUCCUAUCCGUCAUUUAGAUAGCCCAUCUUCUUUCAAAACUGCCUCUCCCGUGUCUCAUCCGCCUGCCCCCAUCGCUACUCCUAUCAGUCUUAAAUCGCUGAGCUCUAGUACACCGCCCGUGCCUGCAUGCGCUGUGGCUAAUGUAAAGCGCCGUAAGUUGUCUAAAGACGACGACGUCAGCAGUCGUUCCAACAGCGAAGCUUCAUCUUCAGGUGAGGAAGAAGAAGAAGAAGUCGCCUCCAGAUCAGAAGCCUCUCCUCGCUCAGAAGCCUCUCCCCGCUCAGGAGCCGCCGCCUGCUCAGGAGCCGCUAGUGAAGAAAUAGGCUCAGAAGAAGAAAGUGCCAGCAGCAGCAGCGGCAGCGGCAGCAGCGAGACUGACUCCGAUGAUGAUGAAGAUUUUGACAAACUAGCCGAGCAUAUUGUGAUAGGGCUUGAUACUUCGGAGCCUCCCUCUCCUCAGCACCCUUCCCUAGGUGCCAGUACGAACGGUCCCGUUCCUCCGUCUUCUUUGUCUUCCACCUCUGUAGCAGCUACAAACGCAAAUCCUUCUCUAUUACCCCCUGCAAAUCAUACCAAAAAGCCAAUGUCAUUACGUGCUCUCUUCAGUAAGUACUCCUUAUUUCUUUGCUGUGUAACAUUUGCUCAUCCUCUUAUCCUUCUUUUUUCCUCACACUCUCUCUGUAGAAGACGAUGAAGAGUCUGAAGAAUCAGAAGAAAGCGACAGUGAUGAUGACUGAUUUCCCUGUCAAGAUACCCUUCAAACUAAAUACCAUAAUUUAUUUGUCAUAAAGAAUCACCUCCCUCCAUCUUCCUCUCUAUAAAAAAUGUAUAGGACAGAAAAGAAAAUACAUUUUUGUUACAAAUACUAAAAAACAUGAAACAUCAAUAAACAAUCUUUGCUCAUUU